AUGUCUGUCGCUACAUUACAUCCCCAGUCGGCAAACAAACCCACAGUACCGAGUCCGCUACCAACCCUUCUUCAAACGCCGUCCGGCCUCGCCAUUCUCGAGCUGCAGGGGACCAUCAACCUCCCCAGUGAUGCUGAGGGAGCACCUCUACCCGAUAUCGAAAUUGGGCGUCUGCACUUUCCAGAUUACAUCCCGGACGCUGAAGGCUCGGCCUGGAUGAAGCGUGCCCAUCUCUAUGUUGGCCAGCACCAGCGCCUUACAGGCGAAGUCAAGAAGCUACCCCGCGCCUUGGCUGUGGUACGUCGUCGGGACAAGACAGACGAUCAGGAUGAUACAGAGCAGCUCGAGGUGGUAGAGGUUGUGAAAUAUAAACUCCAAUUCUCGAACCGUCCAGAGCCAGUCGGUACACCAAACGCAGCAUAA